AUGAUCGAAGAGCUAGAAUUGAACAAGGACUGGGCCGAUCCCCGUGUGACUGGCUUCGACAACUUCACCAAGACGGUUCACCAUAAGCCUGGGGCCACCCUCCAGUCAUCGCUUAACCUCCCGACUCCAUAUAAUGUAUGCGUCGUUGGUGCCUCCCGCGGCAUCGGCGCUGGCAUUGCACGAUCCUACGCGAAAGCAGGCGCGAGCACCAUCAUUAUCGCAGCGCGCAACACGCAGCAGCUGCAGGAUGUGGCCUCCCAGAUCGCCGGCAUCAACCCGCACUGCGUCGUCUACAGUACCAUGUGUGACAUUGCGUCGCCAAUCUCGGUCCGCGACCUCGCUGCUUUCACUCGCGAGAUGCUGGGACAGCAGCACCAGCAUUUAAACGCUGUCAUCGUCAACUCGGGCUAUGCCAAGAACCGCGAGCUCGACGUAACUGAAGGCGACGCCACGGACGAGUUCUGGGCACAAUCUUUUGCUGUCAACACUCUUGGCACCUACCAUGUAGCGCACUACAUGGUGCCCCUCCUACUGAAGGCGCCGGAGGACGCUGGCAGGGCGUUCCUGGUCGUUGGGACCGUCGCUGCCCUCAUUCGCAGAGGGCCGAUCGCUCCUAGCAAGUACUGCAUCAGCAAGCUGGCGCAGAUGAGAAUAACCGAGCACAUAGCCGAGCAAUUUGGCUCGAGAGGCCUCUUCUCCGCCGUGGUGCAUCCCGGUGCAGUGGCGACGGAGAUGGCGAUUGAUGCGUCGCCGGACGACAACUUCAAAAAAUUCCUGAUUGAUGAUCCAGAGCUUUGCGGAUAUUUCUUUGUGUGGCUCACACGCCAGCCCGGGAGCCUGCAGUGGCUUAACGGAAGAUUCUUGAGCGCGAAGUGGGAUCCUGAUGAGCUAAUUGCCCAGAAGCAGCAGGUUUUGGAGGGGGACUUGUUGAAGCUCGAGUUGAGAGCGGAUUGA